CUGGCUGUAAGUCACCAUGGCUCAGCAAGCUGCUGAUAAGUAUCUCUAUGUGGAUAAAAACUUCAUCAAUAACCCGUUGGCCCAGGCCGACUGGGCGGCUAAGAAGCUGGUCUGGGUGCCUUCUGACAAGAGUGGCUUUGAGCCCGCCAGCCUCAAGGAAGAGGUGGGCGAGGAGGCCAUCGUGGAGCUGGUGGAAAACGGGAAGAAGGUGAAAGUGAACAAGGAUGACAUCCAGAAGAUGAACCCACCCAAGUUCUCCAAGGUGGAGGACAUGGCCGAGCUCACGUGCCUCAACGAAGCAUCGGUGCUGCACAAUCUCAAGGAGCGUUACUACUCAGGGCUAAUCUACACCUAUUCAGGCCUGUUCUGUGUGGUCAUCAAUCCUUAUAAGAACCUGCCCAUCUACUCCGAGGAGAUCGUGGAAAUGUACAAGGGCAAGAAGAGGCACGAGAUGCCCCCCCACAUCUAUGCCAUCACAGACACUGCCUACAGGAGUAUGAUGCAAGACCGAGAGGACCAGUCCAUUCUGUGCACGGGUGAGUCUGGAGCCGGCAAGACGGAGAACACCAAGAAAGUCAUUCAGUACCUGGCUCACGUGGCCUCCUCACACAAGAGCAAGAAGGACCAGGGCGAGUUGGAGCGACAGCUGCUGCAGGCCAACCCCAUCCUGGAGGCCUUCGGGAACGCCAAGACUGUGAAGAACGACAACUCCUCCCGAUUUGGCAAAUUCAUUCGCAUUAACUUUGAUGUCAAUGGCUACAUCGUGGGAGCCAACAUUGAGACUUAUCUUUUGGAGAAAUCUCGUGCUAUCCGCCAAGCCAAGGAGGAACGGACCUUCCACAUCUUCUACUACCUCCUGUCUGGGGCUGGAGAGCACCUGAAGACCGAUCUCCUGUUGGAGCCAUACAACAAAUACCGCUUCCUGUCCAACGGGCACGUCACCAUCCCAGGGCAGCAGGACAAGGACAUGUUCCAGGAGACCAUGGAGGCCAUGAGGAUUAUGGGCAUCCCAGAAGAGGAACAAAUGGGCUUGCUGAGGGUCAUCUCGGGAGUUCUUCAGCUCGGCAACAUCGUCUUCAAGAAGGAGCGUAACACCGACCAGGCAUCCAUGCCUGACAACACAGCCGCCCAAAAAGUGUCCCAUCUCCUGGGGAUCAACGUGACAGAUUUCACCAGAGGAAUCCUCACCCCGCGCAUCAAGGUGGGACGGGACUACGUCCAGAAGGCACAGACUAAGGAACAGGCUGACUUUGCCAUCGAGGCCUUGGCCAAGGCCACCUAUGAGCGAAUGUUCCGCUGGCUGGUGCUGCGGAUCAACAAGGCUCUGGACAAGACCAAGAGGCAGGGCGCCUCUUUCAUCGGGAUCCUGGACAUCGCUGGCUUCGAGAUCUUUGAUCUCAACUCGUUCGAGCAGCUGUGCAUCAACUACACCAACGAGAAGCUGCAGCAGCUCUUCAACCACACGAUGUUCAUCCUGGAGCAGGAGGAGUACCAGCGCGAGGGCAUCGAGUGGAACUUCAUCGACUUCGGCCUCGACCUGCAGCCCUGCAUCGACCUCAUCGAGAAGCCGGCUGGUCCCCCUGGCAUCCUGGCCCUGCUGGAUGAGGAAUGCUGGUUCCCCAAAGCCACCGACAAGAGCUUCGUGGAGAAGGUGGUACAGGAGCAGGGCACCCACCCCAAGUUCCAGAAGCCCAAGCAACUGAAGGACAAAGCUGAUUUCUGCAUCAUCCACUACGCAGGCAAGGUGGAUUACAAAGCCGACGAGUGGCUGAUGAAGAACAUGGACCCCCUGAACGACAACAUCGCCACGCUUCUGCACCAGUCCUCCGACAAGUUCGUCUCGGAGCUGUGGAAGGAUGAACCAGGUGACUGGCCACCCGGAGGGGUGACCCUUGUGUAUGCCGCAUCCGGGGCUGCUGGCAAACUGGACCCCCACCUGGUGCUGGAUCAGCUGCGCUGCAACGGGGUUCUGGAAGGCAUCCGCAUCUGCCGCCAGGGCUUUCCCAACAGGGUGGUCUUCCAGGAGUUCCGGCAGCGAUACGAGAUCCUGACACCAAACUCCAUUCCUAAGGGCUUCAUGGACGGGAAGCAGGCGUGUGUGCUCAUGAUCAAAGCCUUGGAGCUGGACAGCAACCUGUACCGCAUCGGCCAGAGUAAGGUCUUCUUCCGGGCCGGUGUGCUGGCCCACCUGGAGGAGGAGCGGGACCUGAAGAUCACCGACGUCAUCAUCGGGUUCCAGGCCUGCUGCAGAGGCUACCUGGCCAGGAAGGCCUUCGCCAAGCGGCAACAGCAGCUGACGGCCAUGAAGGUCCUGCAGAGGAACUGCGCCGCCUACCUGAAGCUGCGGAACUGGCAGUGGUGGCGGCUCUUCACCAAGGUCAAGCCGCUGCUGCAGGUGAGCCGGCAGGAGGAGGAGAUGAUGGCCAAGGAGGAGGAGCUGGUGAAGGUCCGUGAGAAGCAGCUGGCUGCUGAGAACAGGCUCACGGAGAUGGAGACGCUCCAGUCCCAGGUCGGUAUCUGCAGGCUUCGCCCUGGAGCUUCGCGCAUCCGCUCCCGGUGCUGCCACCUGCUGGCCACCAUCCCCCUUCGGGGUCCUGUGAGAGUGGAGGAGGAAGCCACCCAGAAGAACAUGGCCCUGAAGAAGAUUCGGGAGCUGGAAUCACAGAUUUCUGAACUCCAGGAAGACCUGGAAUCUGAGCGAGCUUCCAGGAAUAAAGCUGAGAAGCAGAAGCGGGACCUCGGGGAGGAGCUGGAGGCUCUGAAAACGGAACUGGAGGACACUCUGGACUCCACAGCAGCCCAGCAGGAGCUCAGGUCCAAACGCGAACAGGAAGUGAACAUUCUGAAGAAGACCCUCGAGGAAGAGGCCAAGACCCACGAGGCGCAGAUCCAGGAGAUGAGGCAGAAGCACUCGCAGGCUGUGGAAGAGCUGGCUGAGCAGCUUGAGCAGACGAAGCGAGUGAAAGCCAACCUGGAGAAGGCGAAGCAGACCCUGGAGAACGAGCGAGGGGAGCUGGCCAACGAGGUGAAGGUCCUGCUGCAGGGCAAAGGGGACUCCGAGCAUAAGCGGAAGAAAGUGGAGGCCCAGCUGCAGGAGCUGCAGGUGAAGUUCACCGAGGGAGAGCGAGUGCGCACGGAGCUGGCCGACAAGGUCACCAAGCUGCAGGUUGAGCUGGACAACGUGACCGGUCUCCUCACCCAGUCCGACAGCAAGUCCAGCAAACUCACCAAGGACUUCUCUGCUCUGGAGUCACAGCUGCAGGACACACAGGAGCUGCUGCAGGAGGAGAACCGGCAGAAGCUGGGCCUGAGCACCAAGCUGAAGCAGAUGGAAGAUGAGAAGAACUCCUUCAAGGAGCAGCUGGAAGAGGAGGAGGAGGCCAAGCGGAACCUGGAGAAGCAGAUCGCCACCCUCCACGCCCAGAUGACGGACGUGAAGAAGAAAAUGGAGGACGGCGUGGGGUGCCUGGAGAUAGCGGAGGAAGCCAAGAGGAAGCUCCAGAAGGACUUAGAGGGGCUGAGCCAGCGCUACGAGGAGAAGGCGGCCGCCUAUGACAAGCUGGAGAAGACGAAGACGCGGCUACAGCAGGAGCUGGAUGACCUGCUCGUGGACCUGGAUCACCAGCGCCAGACCGCCUCCAACCUGGAGAAGAAGCAGAAGAAGUUCGACCAGCUGCUGGCCGAGGAGAAGACCAUCUCUGCCAAGUACGCGGAGGAGCGCGACCGGGCGGAGGCGGAGGCCCGGGAGAAGGAGACCAAGGCGCUGUCGCUGGCCCGGGCCCUGGAGGAGGCCGUGGAGCAGAAGGCAGAGCUGGAGCGGCUCAACAAGCAGUUCCGCACAGAGAUGGAGGACCUCAUGAGUUCCAAGGACGACGUCGGCAAGAGCGUCCACGAGCUGGAGAAGUCCAAGCGGGCCCUGGAGCAGCAGGUGGAGGAGAUGAAGACCCAGCUGGAGGAGCUGGAGGACGAGCUGCAGGCCACCGAGGACGCCAAGCUGCGGCUCGAGGUCAACCUGCAGGCCAUGAAGGCCCAGUUCGAGCGGGACCUGCAGGGCCGCGACGAGCAGAGCGAGGAGAAGAAGAAGCAGCUGGUCAGACAGGUGCGGGAGGUGGAGGCAGAGCUGGAGGACGAGAAGAAGCAGCGCUCGAUGGCGGUGGCCGCUCGGAAGAAGCUGGAGAUGGACCUGAAAGACCUGGAGGCCCACGUCGACUCAGCCAACAAGAACCGGGACGAGGCCAUCAAGCAGCUGCGGAAGCUGCAGGCCCAGAUGAAGGACUACGUACGGGAGCUGGAAGACACGCGCACCUCCCGCGAGGAGAUCCUGGCACAGGCCAAGGAGAACGAGAAGAAGCUAAAGAGUAUGGAGGCCGAGAUGAUCCAGCUGCAGGAGGAACUGGCAGCUGCCGAGCGUGCGAAGCGCCAGGCCCAGCAGGAGCGGGACGAGCUGGCCGACGAGAUUGCCAACAGCAGCGGCAAAGGAGCCCUGGCCUUGGAGGAGAAGCGGCGCCUGGAGGCCCGCAUCGCCCAGCUGGAGGAGGAGCUGGAGGAGGAGCAGGGCAACACGGAGCUGGUGAACGACCGGCUGAAGAAGGCGAACCUGCAGAUCGACCAGAUCAACACCGACCUGAACCUCGAGCGCAGCCACGCCCAGAAAAACGAGAAUGCGCGGCAGCAGCUGGAGCGCCAGAACAAGGAGCUCAAGGUCAAGUUGCAGGAGAUGGAGGGCACUGUCAAGUCCAAAUACAAGGCUUCCAUCGCCGCCCUCGAGGCCAAGAUCGCACAGCUGGAGGAGCAGCUGGACAACGAGACCAAGGAGCGCCAGGCGGCCUGCAAGCAGGUGCGUCGGGCCGAGAAGAAGCUCAAGGACGUGUUGCUGCAGGUGGAUGACGAGCGGAGGAACGCCGAGCAGUUCAAGGACCAGGCUGACAAGGCAUCCACCCGCCUGAAGCAGCUCAAGCGGCAGCUGGAGGAGGCGGAGGAGGAGGCCCAGCGGGCCAACGCCUCCCGCCGGAAACUGCAGCGUGAGCUGGAAGACGCCACCGAGACGGCCGACGCCAUGAACCGCGAGGUCAGCUCCCUCAAGAACAAGCUCAGGUGA